CUUCCGCAAGUCCUUGUCUAUCAUGGUCUGUUCCCGACAUCGCCGUCACAACCGCGAAUGGCCGUUUCCAUUGAACUAUUGUCUUUCUAUUGUGCGCUUUUUGAGUGCUCUUGUGAUGCAAUCAAUGCUCUUGCAUCUGCUCUCAAGACACAUUAUUCCCGCAGGGGCUACCAAAUGACAGACGCUAAAGUG